AUGGAAACAGAGACAAGUAAUGGUGAUCCAGAGCAUGUGCCUCAACAACACAAUGACCAAGUUCAUCAACAACAACAGCAACAACAAUCGCAACAACAUCAACAACCUAGUGUAGCUGUCGGAAAUCAUGGUGCAAGACUUAGGAGGAAUAGACUGGGUCAGAGGGAUAGACGUGUAAAGAUCAUUAUGGUUCGGGCAUCUGAUACACCUGGCGGUCUGCUACGCUAUGACAACUCUGACAUCAAAGAGACUGGUUUGGAUUUGGGCAACGAUAAGACACUGCCACUUGAAAUGGAUCAGAUACAUGAUCAGGAUACCAAAUCAACUCCAUUCUCUUUCAGAGAAUACAUUAGUCUGCUGAUGGGCUGGGAGGAGGUACGCAGCAAACACAUGUUAAGAGCGGUCCUAACUGAAUUGAUUGGCACUGCUGUGUUCACCUCCAUGUCCAUUGGCAUCGUCAUUGCCGUUGUCAACUACUACAACUUCUCAGUCUUCAACCACAGCACACCGACACCUGGCUUGGUACCCAAUCCUUGGCAGGCAUUCUUCAUAUCGGCAUUUCACUUCUUCUUGUUGGUGAUCAUGAUCAUAGCAUGUGGACCAAACUCUGGUGGUAUACUCAAUCCUAUUAUAACAUUAACAACGAUGAUCACUGGAUUCACUACCAUUGUCAAGGGUACACUGUAUAUUUGUGCUCAACUUGUUGGUGCAAUCAUUGGUUCUGCGCUCAUCUAUGCUUGUGUACCAUUCGAGAUAUACAAUAGGACACUAUUGGCUUCAUGUACAUUUGGUAAUCAAAUGUCAAUAGGCAAUGCAUUGGCCACAGAGUUUCUCUUUGGAUUCUUCAACCUGUUUAUAACAUUCACUGUUGCACUGGACCCAAGACAAUCAAAGACAUUUGGUAUCCUUUCAGCACCAUUAGUCAUUGGUAUCACAUUGUUCAUUACAUUGUUUAUAUCGCAAGGACUUUUGUCCUAUUAUGCUGGGCCUGGAUUCAACAUAUCAAGAUGCUUUGGACCUGCUGUAGUAUCUGGGACUUGGGAUAAGUAUUGGGUAUUCGUUGUUGGACCUUUGAUCUCAUCAUUUGGUAUUGGGGUCCUUGUCAAUGUUAUUCCACCAUUCACUUAUGAACGUUGGAGGUGUCCAUCUGCAGGACAACAAUGA